GUUGUUGUCAAUUACACAACGUGACAUGACGAUUGCUCAGUACUUCCACAAGGUUAAAUCGAUCUGUCGGGAGAUUACUGAACUAGACCCAAAGUACGCCAUUGUAGAAUCUCGAAUGAAGAGGAUUAUAAUCCACGGAUUGCGACCGGAAUAUCGAAGCUUCAUUACUGCUAUACAAGGAUGGCCCACUCAACCAACACUUGUAGAGUUCGAAAAUUUGUUAGCCAGCCAAGAAGCCAUGGCUAAACAAAUGGGAGGCUUCAUAUUGAAGGGUGAAGAAGAAGCACUCUACACGAGUGAAAGUCGGAGCAAUAAUAGGCCGUCUACCAAACGUGGAUACAAUGGUGACAAAAGAAGAAGCCACCAAGGAACUGCACAACCUGAGAGAGCUGAGAAGAACGACAACCAGAGUUUCCAAGGAAAGAGAUUUGAAGGUAUUUGCUAUAAUUGCAGGAAAAAGGGCCACAUGUCUAGAGAUUGUUGGUCUAGGAAAAAGUCGGUUGAAAGCAAUGUGGCAAUAUCCAAAAAGAAGAUAGAGGAUGAAUGGGAUGCAGAGGUGCUAUGUCCAAUAGUAGAAGACGAGCUAGCACUCAUGGCAAUGAUGGAAGAGCAUAUCGAUUACGAGGAUGACUGGAUUAUUGAUUUCAGAUGCUUAAACCACAUGAUUGACGAUCAAAGUGGUGCAAUGGAAGAUGGGUGGCCCUUAGGAAGGAAGUAUUACCACACCUUGAGCAAAUUGAAGAAAUUCUUCUACAGAACACGAGGGAGCAAACUGAAGACAUUCUUCUCCAGGACAUGGGGGAGCAAACUGAAGACAUUCUUCUGGACAUGGGGGAGCAAAUUGAAGAAAUUCUUCUCCAGAACAUAGGGGAGCAAACUGAAGAGAUUCUUCCACAAAAGACGGUGGAGCAAAUUGUACACAUUUGCUUAAGUGCUGAUAUGCCUGAAGAUUCAAGUGACACUAGUGUUGGUGAGCAAGAAGUGACUCAACCAAGCGAGCCUAGCGAAAAUGAAAUGACACCUCAACAACUCAGACAUUCAGAAAUAAUCCUAAAGGCAAAUCCAGAGUGUGCCAACGCAGUAGAAGACGAAGUUAAUGAGCCGGAGACAUAUGAAGAAGCAUCACAAAACUCAGCUUGGCAGAAAGCGACGGAGGAAGAAACUAUAGCCCUGGAACAAAAUCAGACUUGGGAAUUAGUGCCAAGACCAAGAGAUACCAAACUCAUCUCUUGCAAGUGGGCUUACGAAAUAAUGUGUACCCCGGAUGGAUCAAUCGUGAGAUACAAAGCUCAGACUAUAGAUUCAGGGUUCUCCAAAGAAUAUGGACUAGACUAUGAUGAAACGUUUAGUCCAAUGGCAAAGAUCAUUAUCGUACAAGUUCCUCCAGUACUUACGGUAAAUAAAGAUUGGAAAUUAUGGCA